AAGCAUGGACAGCCGAUCCCUCGCUAUUUCCACCAACUACAAAUAUGGACAUCAUUUUUUAUCUUGUUAAUGGUGUUAGUGCAUAUACACUUGAAGAAUUCCGAAACUACAAAUCUCUGGAAGCUCAUGGACUGUUUACUAACGGUUGGGUGCAAGAUUUAUACUCAUUUCAACCAGAAGGAUGCACUAAUACUGUGGUCACCGCAAAGGUGAUGCACUCCCAACGCCUGCGAGAAGCGCCACUCAAUCCCUGGGCCAUCAUCGAGUCAUCUGGGGCUAUAUCCUCUGCUCACUGCACCUGUAUGGCGGGCAUAGGAGAAUCUUGUACACAUGUUGCUGCUAUGCUGUUUAAGUUGGAGGUAAUUGUCAGAUGCAGAGAGACAGUGACAGUGACUGGCAGACCAGCAUACUGGAUGAUUCCAGGUAAUCUUUCUAAAGUGGUACCAGAGCCUGGAUAUAAAAUUGAUUUCACAAGUUCAAAGGCAAAAAGAAAGACUCUGAACAGACUCCUGGAAGGAGGGACUGUAGCUGCACCUGGCAUCAGGACAAAACGCACAAAGACAACUAGUACUGUGUCAAAUGAGCAGUUGGACUCCUUUUUUAGGGCAAUUCACAAGGCAUCACCACAAGCUGCUGUGCUAUCAUGUUUGCCUGAAUAUUGUGAAGCAUUUAUUGACCAGGUCCAACCAUUAACUGUGCCACGUACCCUUCACUCUCUACGUGAUGCGACAAUGGAUGGCAAGGAUAUAUCUGUUUUGCGCAAGCACUGCGAAUCACUUGUUAGUAGGACCUCACUUUCAAACAAGCAAGCUGAAUACAUAGAAUGUAAUACAAGAAAGCAAAACAAAUCUUUAACAUGGCAUCACUAUUGUGCUGGGAGGGUAACAGCAUCUAACAUGCAUUCAGUUUAUGUAGCAAAUCUGGACAAACCUUCACAGUCUGUUAUUAAUGCUGUGUGCUAUCCUACAAAUGAAACAAACAGCUCUAGUGCUAUUGCAUGGGGGAGACAAAAUGAGGACGGUGCCAGGGAAAUGUACAGACUACAGUCUAACAGAGAUCACGUUGGUUUUGAGGUGACACAGUGUGGUUUUUUUUGUGAACCCAAAGUUUCCAGAGGUAGGAGCAUCACCUGACGGCCUUGUACAUUGCAUCUGUUGUGGCCGAGGAUGUAUUGAAAUUAAAUGCUCAUAUAAGUACCGUGACCUAACGGUGAUUGAGGCUUGCAAUAGCUCUGACAGGAACUUCUGUUUGGAAUUACAUGAAGGGGAGAUGCGUUUGAAGCCACAGCACCCCUAUUAUAAACAGGUGCAAACUCAGAUUUUUGUUACCGAGACUGAAUACUGUGAUUUUGUUAUGUGGACAAAAAAAGACCUGGCUGUGAUACGAGUUGCACCAGACCUGGAGCUUUGGACAGCUAUCCUUGAGAAGGCAAAACAAUUUUUUGUAUGUGUGA